GAUCUCAGUCUACCCAAUGGCACACCUGUGGACACUUCUAGUCCAGCCUCUUCCUCAUCUCUCCUCAACAGACUGCAGCUGGAUGAUGACUUUGAUGGGGAAACUAGAGACCUCUUUGUUACUGUUGAUGAACCCAAAAAACACGUGUGCACAAUGGAGACGUAUAUCACAUACAGGGUUACAACAAAGACCACACGAGCAGAAUUUGAUUUACCAGAGUAUUCUGUCCGCCGGCGGUACCAAGACUUCGACUGGUUGAGAAACAAGCUGGAAGAGUCUCAGCCAACACAUCUCAUUCCUCCACUUCCUGAGAAGUUUGUGGUGAAGGGUGUUGUCGAUCGCUUUUCUGAAGAGUUCGUGGAGACAAGGAGGAAAGCAUUAGACAAAUUCUUGAAGAGAAUAACUGAUCACCCGGUGCUUUCUUUUAAUGAGCACUUCAAUGUGUUUCUCACAGCCAAGGAUCUUAAUGCCUACAAAAAGCAAGGAAUGGCAUUGCUGUCAAAGAUGGGAGAGUCUGUCAAAUAUGUCACAGGAGGCUACAAAUUAAGAAGUCGACCACUGGAGUUUGCAGCCAUUGGGGAGUAUCUAGACACAUUUUCUCUAAAGCUUGGUACUAUUGACAGAAUAGCACAACGGAUUAUCAAGGAACAGUUGG